AUGAGCUUCUUCAAUUCGUUGCAACAAUACGUGACCGACAGUGUCGCGAGUUUGACUCUCAGCCCGAAGAGAUUCUCCUUCAGCCGAGAGGACUCUACCUCCACUUCCGGUACAGGAAGAAGUGGAUCCACCGGAAGUGUGACUGCUGCAAACAACACUAACUCCACUGCGCAACAGUCUACUCCUCAUGGCUAUCCUAAAGUGGUGCCACCCCCUGGCACCGUCACGUCCUCCCAUAGCCGUUCGUUGUCCACGAGAAGACGGACCCUAGAGUGUACUAGCCCCGGCUUGACGGUACAUCCGGCCACCGGAAGUGCGUCGGGUAGCACCUCACCCCGUAGGGUUGGCUCUUUUCGCAGAAGCACCGGUUCAGCGGAUCGACCACCUUUGAUGUUCUGCAGGAGGAGACCCUCGUGGCCUGAAGUCGAUAUACAAGCCACUUCUGGGGUUCAAGAGACAGACGGUUCCUUCUUCGAAAGUUUCACCGCAUUAUCCUGGAAGCAGGAAAAUCGAAGGCUCGUAGUUUUACAAGAGGUGGAGGCCAGGGCGAAAGAACCACCACCCCCGUCCAGAGACAGCAGUUUGUCGUCUUCGCAACCCUAUCGUUUCGGCAAAAAAGAGUUGGAGCAAUUGUACAUAGAAGUCCUUUACACGAUUGCCAACACGGUGGGAGCCAGCACAGGACAAUACGCCCACUAUAAAGAGGAUCUUUACAGAUAUGCACAAGAGGCUUUCGAAGUCCCACAGGAUCAACAUCGACGAUAUUUGAAUAUUGCAUCGGAAGAGAAGCCUCCUAUCGUUAUUCUAAACGUAGUGGUUGUCGAGGCGGAAGGACUCGAGGCCAAAGACGCAAACGGAUUCAGUGACCCGUACUGUAUGUUGGGAAUCCAACCGGGCAAUACAGGUGCACCAUUGAGUCCACAGACAAAUUUAACAGCGCACUCACCCCAUACACCCCCGGCUUCACCCAGACAAGCUACACGCGCCCUUUCUGACGGCGCUGAAACUGAAAAUUCACAUCACGAAAAACUACGGAAACAUCAUAGUUUCAGAUUGUCGUUCAAGCGCAAAGAGCACACGAGCAGACGCGAGCACCGUGAAUCCUUAAGCGGCGCGGUUCCGGCGAAGUUUAUACGCGCGACCAGCGUGAAGCCGCACACUCUGAGCCCACGAUGGAACGAGAAGUUUCGUUUCGACAUCGACGACAUCAACACGGACAUUCUGCACCUGGACAUAUGGGACCACGACGACGAGUCCUCGGUGUUUGACGCGGUUAGCAAGUUGAACGAAGUGCGUGGGGUCAAAGGACUCGGACGUUUCUUCAAGCAGAUCGCUCAGAGUGCCAGAUCUGGGGGUCAGGAUGAUUUUCUUGGCUGCGUGAAUAUUCCUCUUCAGGAUAUUCCUAGCACCGGGCUCGAUCGAUGGUACAAACUAGAAGCCAGAACGCAACGAAGCACUAUUCAAGGUAGAAUUAGAUUAAAGCUGCGGUUAUCAACGAGAGAAGACAGGGGUACAUCCGAAGAAGACAAUUGGGGGGAACUGAGACAACAGAAAAGGCUGUACACGGUCUUUCUCAAUCAUGAAAUGAACAAACAAGGGGAAGACUUCACGGGAGAAUUGCCACAAACGGCUCUAACAAUUCUUCAUCAACACGCCGUCCAAGGUGACGUCACAGAAUUGCAACAGGCAUUAGUUAAAUGGGUAGCAACGUCACGUCAACCAACUUGUGAUCCCAGGAUUCUUCAUCGCCUUCUUCAGGAAUUAAACAAUCUAUGGCACACAGACACUCUAUCUAGAGACGAGGAACAGUGCCUUGCUGAUUCCUUUAAUGAAUUUCUCGAAGUUACAUUGAAGAAAGUCUGUCAGCAUCGAGUACUCUUUCCGCCAUUACAUCGAUCAUCGAUUUCCAAGCUGGAUUAUCUACUUAAAUGUUUAGGAUUACUAUCAAGCAUGAAAGCUUUCCGGACCUGUUGUCCUUUCAACAAGGAAAUCCGCGGAGAAAUAAUAACUGCCCUAAGAAAAGGAACCCUCGAGUGGUACGAAGAUACAAGGCAGCAGACAAUGUGUUACGAUAAAGAACCCGAUCAGGAUGCAGAUAAAGUCUUGCAAGACUUUACGAACUUAGUAACUGCGUUACUUGUAGACCUGGAACAAGGACUCACUUACUAUAACAGCCUUUUUGAGAGUACGAACGGGGUACCAUAUUUCUCAGCGGUGUACAAACAAUUGGACAAAUUGAUGCAAAACGAGCUCGGAGCAAGGGUCACAACGGCCUGUCUUCAACUUCAUGGCCAAAAUGGAGACGACGAGUACGUGUUACCACCAGGGGCGGAAAUAGGAACACCCAUGUUUGAAUUGUAUCUGGCUUUGCAAGAUUUCGUCACCAUGAAGGAGAACCUGCCGCAGUCAGAUCAUAAAACUUUGGAGAUUUGCAAAUAUUACGAGUGGUUCCGACCAGCUGUCGACAAAUGGUUGGAUCUUGCGAAACUAAAAGCGAUUCAACGCGUAAGAAAAUCGGCGGAGCUGGAUCGAAUAUGCACCGGUGAAUACAUAGUGAAACAUUGUACUUCCGCCAUUGAUGUCACGGCAUGCUUCUAUCAGAUUAAGGAAUUUUGGAAGAAACUAGCGUGGCCCGACCUGCCUGGAUCGUACAAUUUGGUCCUGAAAGUCGUCGAUGCGAUAUGCAGUUCAGCAGCUUACUAUGCAGAAAUUACGCACCAGAAAUUAGCUGACAGUGGAUAUUACGAGGAACAAACGCCUUAUAAGACAACAGACGAGGUAAUCGCUCAGAUGUGUGUGGCUAUUAAUGGGCUGGAAUAUGUGCGAAGAUGGCUUCUGGAUUUAGGGGAGGAAUUGCACGUUGAAAAGCUUUUGACAGCUUUGGAAUGUCAGGCUGGUGAUUCUGCUCGUAUGCAGUGGAGAACCGCUUUGACGUCACCGUUAGAACAAACCCCUGGACAAAUGUUGCUCUUCAUUAAUCAGAUUGUUUCGAGAAUUGGUACCAAGAUGAGACCACCACUGAAGAAGGCAAUGUUUCAUCUAGCUUGGUCACCGGAUAGUUUGCCUACUUCUGAAGCAAUCGCACCAUUGUUGGAAUAUUUGGAUGUUCAUUUAGUGGCGUUAAAUUCAGCUCUGCUUGCGGUCAACUUUAAUCGAGUGCUUCAAGAUAUUUGGGAAGUGGUACUUGGAGAACUUAGCAACCAGAUGGAUGGCAACGCGGGUGAUAAACCAGCAAUGUUUUAUGAAAGGCUUCACGAGGCACUGGAUUUGUUGAUCAAAUUCUUCCACGCAGACGAAAAGGGUUUACCAUACGACACGCUUCACUGUCAAAGCUUUUUGAACGUCGAAGAACGACUGCAGUACCAUAAAAUGGACACGACGUUCUUGAUCGAUCGAUUUUAUCGACAACGACUUCAGGACCAAUUGAACACCGUGGCUUCCGAGUACGGUGUAUUAACAGUGAGAGCGUACCUAAAUCACGACUCUCUGUGCGUUGAAGUUAUAAAUGCCAGGGACGUGAUACCAUUAGAUCCGAAUGGUUUCAGUGAUCCAUUCGUCAUCAUCGAAUUGUUGCCACGAAGAGUGUUCGAACACUGCGCCGAGCAGCGGACCAAUGUGAAGAAGAAAACUCUGAAUCCUAUGUUCGACGAGUGUUUCGAAUUCUCGGUGAACGUCGAGCAAUGCCGGAGUCCUGACGCCAUGGUGCUUUUUACGGUAAUGGACCGAGAUGUCCUUACGGCGGAUGACUUCGCUGGCGAAGCAUUCUUGGGUUUAAGCACCAUACCCGGUGUGGCAGACACAAAUGCAAGCAUAGACAAUUUCCAUGGCCUCAAACACACCGAGCUGCCUCUUAUGCAGCAAAAGAAUCGAAAUCACCCGAUUCUUCAAAUUCUGGAGACGAGAGUCGGCGACAAAGUGGCCCUCGAUUUCGUGAAGAAGCAAAAACAACGAUUCGCAUCGACGUAAAACGGGUCCACGACCAGCAGAGCACCGCGGAAAUAAAUCAGCUUUGUUCGUGAUACAUUAACACCGUGUUGACUCUCUUCAUCGAUAAAUACAAACGAAACGAAGCAGAUAAAAAGAUUUAAUCCGCGGAGAGCUCGUCGACUCUGUUCCGCGUUCGUCCUGAAAUUCGCCAGACCUUUCUCAGUGUAAAUCGUGUUGAAUAUAAUCGGUGUUGGUAACUAAGGAAAUUAACUAAGGAAAGUCAGCAAGCGGGAAUAUUUAUUAAACAGUACAGAAUCGUGAAGCGUUUAACUGAGGAAAAAGAACGUUGCCUUGCAUUAAUAUUCGAACACCACGAUAUUUAGAUUCGCGUAUUGAUGUACUCAAAAUGAUGUUCUAAUUUUAUCAUCGUUACAUUUGUUUUAAAUAAUAUAAAUAUAAAUUUUGUUCAUUCAAUGUGGAUAACUUUGUCACGAA